AUGUUGCUGACCCUAUCAGCGUCGUCCAUUCCGUCGGAUUCCCUCGCUUUGCGCUCCACAACGCGACGCCCCUACUCGCUGCCGUUUCGCGCCCUUUCGCGCGCCGCAGCCCCCGGCAAGGAGGGGCCUUUCGCCGCGUUCGCCCCCCGCACAUGCGUCAUGACCGCCGCUGCGCCCAUCGCGGACGAUCUGCGCGCGCUGGACAGUGGCGCUCACCUUCCCCCGCAGGACUCCGCGGGGAAGAGCUCCGCGGACUUGGCGGAGCGCAGGGAUGAUGUCGCGCAACAAUCUCGCGGGGAAUGCUCGCACGCGGAGAAGCGGAAGCUGAACGCCAGCGCCGAUGCCGACGAAUGCCGCACUGGCGGCGAUGCGGCGGCGGCGCCGCCCGAGGGAACGGAGAGCAAAGCUGACUCGACGAGAUCCGCGGAACCCGCCGCGAAGAGACCCCGCGGGAGCGCCGAUCCCGGCGAGAAACCGCCACUGGCGCAGCUGGCGGAGACGAUCAACCGCGGCAGCGGCGGCGGCAUCUCGCCGCGCCCUGCUCCCGCCUCACCGCCCGCCGCCGCGCCUCACCUUGCGCCUGCGGUUGCUGCUCCGCACCACUCCUCUGAGCUUCCGCCCCGCCUCCCCUGGGCGUCGCCGCCCGUUGACUCGACGGUCAACGCGACCGCCGGCUGUCCCGCUGCUGACGUGGAUGACAAGUCGGGGGAGAGCGGCGGCGCGGGGUUGGAGGAAGAGGAUGAGGCGGAGGGGGAUGAGGGCGAGGGGGAAGGCGAGGAGGCGGUUGGCGGGGUGACCGCCGCGGAUGGCGGCGCGUGCGGCAAGAAGAAACGGUACCGCUACAAGCGGCUGUCUAAAGCGGGUUACAUUCCGGACGACGGGCAGCACUGGCACAAAUACGGGCAGAAGAAUCUCGUGGAUGCCGGAUACUGCAGGGCGUACUACCGGUGCGCGCGGCGGAGCGCGGGGUGCGCGGCCAAGAAGACGAUCGACUUCCCCAUUCGCUGGGGGCUGGACAUGCGCGUCACGUACAGCGGCUCGCACACGCACGGCCUGCCGCCCAGGCUGCAGCGCGAGGUCUUCACAUACGCCACCACGCCCGCCCAGCUGCCGCCCAACAUCUCCGUGCCGCCCAACGUGCUCGCUGCUGCUGCGGCUGCCACUGCUGCUACAGCCGGGGUUGCUACAGCCGGGGCUGCUACAGCCGGCGGUGCUACAACCGGCGCUGCUAGCUCCUCUGCUGCGUCUGCGGAAUCCAAUCCCGCCAAUGCCGGCCCGUCCCCCAUCUCCCCUCCGCUCACUGCUUCCCCCGCCCCACCCGCCCCUGCUCCUGCUGCUCCUGUUGCUUCUGCUCCUGCUGCCGCUACUCACCCUGCUGCCUCUGCCCCUCCUGCUCUCAACUCACCUGUUGUGCGCGGGGCUGGUAACCAGGUAACUGGUAACACCGCGCACGCAUGCAGCCCCGGUCACCACGUGCAGACACGGCCCACCCAGACGCCUCCUCGCUUCCUCUCUCCACAGCAACCCCAGCAGCAACCCCAGCAGCAGCAGCAGCAGCAGCAGCAGCAGCAGCAGCAGUACCAACCCCAGCAGCAGCAGCAGCAGCAGCAGCAGCAGCAGCAGCAGCAGCAGCAGCAGCAGUACCAACCCCAGCAGCAGCAGCAGUAUCAGCAGCAGCAGCAGCAAGCAGCACAGGGCUACCGCUUCAGCCCCACAACGCAACAACCCAUGCCACCCAUGCUCGCGCCUUACGCCGGCGCUGCGGGGUGCACUGGCAAAUCGCAGAUAGCAGUGCACUACCAGCCAGACACGCUGACUCAGCAAGGAGUGGUGGUGAGUCAGCAAGGGGUGGUGAUGAUCCAAACGCCCGCCCAUGCUGCAGGCCUCCCCGCAGCUACAGCCGUCCCAGCUACAGCCGUCGCCGUCCCCGCUACAACCGUCACCGCGACAAUCGCCAGCGCUACAGCCGGGGCUGCUGCAGCUACAGCCGUCAGCUUCGCCAGUGCAGCAAUGCACGCCUUCCCCUCGCCUGCAGCAGGGCGCACAGCCCCAGCCACAGCCACAGCCACAGACGCGGUUACCAGAUCGCACAGCACCCGAGCAGCAACUACCCCCCACGCGCACCACUUCUCUACUCUCAGUGCUGCUGGUGGGGCCAGUCAAGAGGGGACAGCAGCACAAGCAGCGGCGCAAGCGGCCCCUCAGGCUCAGCAGGGGGAGGGAAUGAUGCUGCUGGGGAAGUUCAUUCCAUCGCCCUCCCCGUCCCCGUCCCCGUCCCCUUCCCCUGGUGACUCGCCGCGCAGACGCCUGAAAAGAGAGGAGCCGUUUCCGGUGUGUCGGGAUGAGCAGCAGGGGCGCGUGACGAGGGCGAGGGGGGGAGGUGCGAGGGGGAGUGGAGGCGUGGUGCAGCGGCUGACAGCGCAGUUUGAUGCUCAGUGUGAGGCACGGGGGGCUGCUCAUGGUGCUGCUGGUGCUCAUGGUGUUCAUGGUGCUGCUGGUGCUGCUGGUGCUGGUGCUGCCGAUAGUGCUGCAGGUCCCACACAGCUUGUUGCUGACUUGAGAGCAUCAAGCCAGAAGGAGGUCAACCUGAACCUCUCUCUCUAG